AUGUCACUGUGCAAGGAAAUUUUCAUAUUUGCAGUUUCAGUCCUUUCUCUUUAUUUGCCUCCAAAUAACCACAUUGAUCAUCUGGAUUUAAAUGACCUUGUAGCGCACCUCCCUGAGCCUUUUAUCAUAAUGGGAAAUUUUAAAGGCCAUAGUCCUUUGUGGGAAAGCAAAGACACCAGUUCACGAGGAAGACAAAUAGAGCAGAUAACUGAACAUCAUUGCCUUUGUCUCCUGAAUAAUGAGCAGGACACAUACUUCCAUGAACCUACAAAGACAUUCCACGCUCUUGAGUUACCCAUCUGUUCACCAUCUCUAUUGCCAUUUUGCAAUUUUAGUGUUGGAAGUGAUCUUUGCAGCAGCGAUAAUUAUCCCAUUCUUGUAUCUCUUGCACGAAGAGAAGUAAACACCAUGUCGAGACUCCCUUAG